CAAAUGGAUGGAAUUUCCGUAGUUUCCGUAAUCAUUGAUGAUGAAAUCAAAAAUAAUAAAUUCAAUGAGACCGACGAAAAUAAUAUCAACGACACUAAAGAUACUGAUGAACCACAUAACGGUAAUCCUAUAACUAAAAUAAACCUUUCAUCAAAUGAGAAAUACUUUGUUACUUAUAGCAAAGUAGAUUCAUCAAUUAUCUGUUGGAAUGUUGAAAAUGUAAAAUUUUCUGCAACAUAUAUGUGUGUUUCCGACGAUAAGAAACUUGUGUAUGUGGAAAUGGAUAAUGGAAUAAGUGAACUCAUUUUAAGUAGUGGUGGCAAGAUUUUAAUUUAUUCCAUGCAAAAUAAAGAUAAUCUAUGGAAAUGCAAAAGAAUAUGUAAGAAACUAAUAGAUGCUAAUUUGUUGAGUAUAUCAAUAUAUGAUAAACUUUAUUUAUAUUUAAAUAAUUCCAUUUAUGAAUGGAAUCUUAUUAAUGAAAAAAGUAUAAAAAUACUGGAUAUUGAUGAAGAGAUGAAAUAUAUUGAUAGGAAGCUUAUCAGAAUUUCCAGUAAUGAAAAUUUAGCUUGUCUAAGAAUCAAGAGUAAAAUUAUUAUAUAUUCAUUUGAAUUAGAAAUCCCUAUUGCUUCUUUGGACAUAAAAAAUGAUUUGAUUUGCGCAAGAAAUGAAAAGAUCAAUUUAAAAGAUGGAAUAGGUAUAAUUGGAUUUAAGUUAUUUAAUGAUAGUGAUAUCAUUAUAUUAACAGAAAUUGGUCUUCUUAUUUACCAUUUUAAUGAGAAUAAAAAAUCUAUUUCAUUAAACUAUUUUUACUAUAUGAACUUAUGCAAUAAGGAAGUAUUGUCAAAUUAUUAUAAAGAUGUGUUUUUAAAAUCUAAUUUACCUUUACCAAAUUAUGAUAGUUUUAAACUUUGUGAUGGAUGGGUUUCAAAUAUAAAAGAUAAUAAGGAGUUUCUUUCGAAAUAUGGUGUUGAAUUAUUAUUAUUCGCAAUUAAAGAACAUAAGCUUCUGAAAGCUACAAUUGUACUUGGACUUUUUCAUUUGAAUUUUGAAGUUCGCCAAAUUAUCUAUGAUCCUUUUAAAUGGUUGCAAGAUUUUUGGAAUCUUACAGAUGUAAUUGCAGUCUUACUUCCCAUUGGUACUUCAAUUUAUUGGCUUCAAACAGAUUAUAGAAAUAUUCCCAUACUUUCUUUUACAUGCCUGUUCUUAGAUAUAAAGCUAAUAGUAUUUCUUAGAAUAUUUGAAUCUUUUGAAACCGAUUUUUCUUUUAAGAAAUAUAUGAAUAAUAAUGAUCCAAAUAAUCCUUGGAAUUUGGUUUCUGCUUAUUAUCGAGUAUUUGAAAAUGGAACUAUUGAUUACAACCCAUAUAUGAUUCAACCACCUAAUGGAAAUACAAAUAUGUUUGCAAAUUAUAAAACUGCUCUCUUAGCAACAUAUUUAUUCUUAACAGGUGAUUCAAGUGCACUGUCUAACUGGUCAUACGUUGAUAAUCCAUCACUUGCAAUAAUGUUUGUCUUAUUUUCACUCUUCAUUAGUAUAUAUAUUAUGAAUUUGUUUAUUGGAUUAAUCAAUAAUGCAAUUCAAAAAGCUGAUAAUAGAGUCUCAUAUCUUAUAUAUAAAGCAGAGAUUCUAGCUGAAAUUGAGUUAUUUUAUCUAUUACCAUAUCAAAGGCGCUGGAAUACAUGGUUCCUGAAAUAUUACUAUGCUAAUGUUGAUAUUGUUCGUGAAAAAGUUAAAGAAAUGAUUCGUGAAGGUGAAUGGAAUACCGAUGAAUUUUCGGAAAUGAAGCAAAAUUUGUUAAAAAAUCUCAAUAUUAAAUACAAUCCUAACAAUAAUAUUGAUUAUCUGAACUCUGAAGAAAAAAGGAUUUAG